GUGGAAUUGGUGACGUGGAGAAAUAUAAUUGGUAAGAGCGGUUGGGAAAUUGAAGAAACAGGAGUUAAUAGGGUUGGCUCUUCUGAUUUGGCGGCUAGUCUCUGAAAUUCCAUCGAUUCCAACGGAUCAUUCUCUUUCUCUUUCUCUCUACAAUUAUUCUUCCUUCCUUUUAUUUUGUUUCGCUUUUUUUUUCUUUUUUUCUUUUUUUUUAAUUCUCUCUCCCUGACUCCGAGAAACAAUCUACUGUAUUCUCCAUUUCGUUUGUAUUAUUAAGUAGCAAAGUUUCUCGGAGAUCGGGUUUCUUUCUGUUUUCUUCUCCAGGAUCUGUCUGAGAUUUCUUCCUUAAUAUGGACAAUGUGAUGUGAAUCAAAUAAUAAUAGCACACAACAAGACCUUUUCUCUAAGAGUUUCAUGGGGGUUUGCUUUAGCGCUCAAGGGCAGUUCCAAUUCUCUCAAAGCCAAAACUCUCAGAAGAAGACACUAGGGAAAAAUUCAGCAGUGUAUCAAAUGAAUACCGAUUGUAAAGAGUCAUCAGCCGUUGGUGGUAAACCGAGUCCAAGCGGCUUGCCUUUACCUCCCAAAAACAUCAAAGAUCUCCAGUCCAAUCCUGGUUACGAGAACGUUGAUAUCUUCACCUACGAGGAGAUGAAGUUAGCCACCAAGCAGUUCAGGCCUGAUUACAUUCUUGGCGAGGGUGGUUUCGGCGUCGUCUACAAAGGUGUCGUUGAUGAGAACGUGAGGGCUGGUUACAAAUCCACCAAAGUUGCUAUCAAAGAACUUAAUCCAGAAGGCUUUCAGGGAGAUCGAGAGUGGCUCGCUGAAGUUAACUAUUUAGGACAGCUUAGUCAUCCCAACUUGGUCAAGCUUAUUGGCUACUGCUGUGAAGAUGACCACAGGUUGUUAGUCUAUGAAUACAUGUCUUUGGGAAGCCUCGAGAAGCAUCUUUUUCGAAGAGUUGGGUGCACUUUGACAUGGUCCAAAAGAGUGAAGAUCGCUCUACACGCAGCCAAGGGUCUCGCCUUUCUUCAUGGUGCUGAACGCUCCGUUAUCUAUCGAGAUCUCAAGACUGCCAACAUAUUGCUUGACGAGUGCUACAAUGCUAAACUCGCUGACUUUGGACUAGCGAAAGAUGGUCCUAGCGGAGAUCAAACGCAUGUAUCAACGCGUGUUAUGGGCACUUACGGAUACGCUGCUCCUGAGUAUGUAAUGACAGGGCAUUUGACAUCAAGAAGUGAUGUUUAUGGAUUCGGGGUACUUCUCCUUGAGAUGCUCCUUGGGAAGAGGGCCAUGGACAAAAGCAGACCUUGCCGGGAGCAUAACUUGGUAGAGUGGGCAAGACCGCUACUUAAUCACAACAAAAAGCUUCCUAGGAUAAUAGACCCUCGAAUGGAUGGGCAGUACACCACCAAGGCAUUAAUGAAAGUAGCCGAUUUGGCAUACCAAUGCUUAAGCCAGAACCCUAAAGGAAGGCCCCUCAUGAGUCAUGUGGUAGAAGUCCUGGAGACACUCAAGGAAGACGGUAAUGCUCAGGAGGAAGUCAUGGCUAAUCUUCAUAGCAGAGGCAAGUCUGUAACUUUAUAUGAAGCAGCUCCUAGUGAUUCCCAAGGCACAAGAAACGUGGAUGGACAGAGGAGGAGAAGACCGGAAAGUGGUAGAAGCAAGAGCGAGGCCUCGAUUGAUACUGACCAAUAUGUUUCUGCUCUUGUUUCAGACUCGGAUCCGGAAUCUACCAAAAUUUAA